UGCUUAGGAACUAUAGAUGAGGUUAAAGAAAAAGUCUCAUAUAUACAGCCAGAGAUGGAACAAACAGAUUUGGUCUUAACUGACUUUAAUCAUAAUGAAGGAUUCCAUAAACUUUUCACCUAUUACAAUAUUGGUAAAGAACGAAUUUAUGAUAUUUAUAAACAGGAGGUAGAAAAAACAGUUCAACGUAAUACAAAAGAGAUACAGCAAGAAAAACACAAAUUACAGGAAAAACAGCUAGAAAAAGAAAGAUUAAAUGAAGAGGAAAUAAAUAUUUCACAAAUAUGUGAUAAAAAAUUUAAAAAACAAAAACUUUCAAAAAAUUUAAAUGCUAAUGAUAAAGAAUUUGAUCCAG